AUGAAUGAUGAUAAAUUAAGCAAUCUAAUACAAAAAAUAGGUCAUCAUAUUGAUGAUAUUAGAGACAGAUCAGUUACCAUAUUAAUACAAAAAUAUGAAAAAAGCUUAAUAGACGAAACGGAUUUUAAAAAAAGGAAUUAUUUUUUUUAUAUUAUUCUUCAUUAUAUUAAUGAUAGAAAUUCAUAUAUUUCUCUAAAAAGUUUAAGGAAUGUUUUUUCAUUUGUUCAUUCUAUUAUAAAAAAAGAUGAAGAAAUAAAAAAAAAAUUUGAAGAAAUAGAUAUAAGUAAAUUUAUGAAUGAAUUUUUAAUCCAUUUUAAAAAUAAUGAAGAAAAAUACAAAUCAAAUAAUCUUAUCAUAAAUUCAGAGGUAAAAAAUGAUAUAAAUCAGAAAGAUGAUACAUUUAUAAAAAAUUAUGAAAAAUCUUUAAUAGAAAAUAGUAAUAAUGAAUACUAUAAAAUAAUUACAAUUCUUGGUGAAUUAAUUAAUCUAUAUCAAAGUGAAAACAAGGAAAUUUUAAAAUUUAACAACAAUGAAAACUCUUCUAACCAGAAAGAAGAUAAAUUUUGUCAUAUAAAAAAUAAAGAUAAUAAAAAUCCAAAUGUAAAUAAUGAAAAGAAUCUUUUAACAGAACAUAAUCUAAAUAGAUAUAAUAAAACUAAUGUAAAGAAAAAAGAAUACUUUGAAGAAAGUAGCUUUACUAAUAUUAAUGAUCAAUUAAAUGAAAAUGAUUUAGGCAGAGAACUCGUUGAGACUAACAUCAAUAAUAAUGGAAAACUAAAUAUUUUAAAUAUCAUUUACAAAAGUGAUCUUAAUUUAAAAAAUAAAGAACAUAUAAAAAAUAAAACACCAGAAUUUUCAGAAAAGAAAGAAAAAUUAAAUAGUCAUGAUAAUUCUUUUUGUAAGAAUAAAAAUAGUGUAUAUAAAAAUACAUCUUUAUCUAAUCAUAAUAACAAUAUUUCAGAAAAAGAUCGAAUGGAUUUAAAUCAAAUAAUUAAAAAAAAUAAUUGUAUAAAUAUUUUUACAAAAAACAAUUGUACAAACAAUAAUGAAUUUGAAUAUUACAAUGCCUUGUGUUGUAUUAAAAAUAAAGUAAACGAAAAAUUAAAAUAUUUAUUAUUAAAUUAUAAGAAAAAUAAAGCUACCAAAAAAAAAGAAUAUAAUACAUACUAUGAUUAUGUAAUACCUACAUUUGCCCGUAAGGAUAUUAAUAACAUCAACUAUGCACGUAUUUUAAACAAUUAUACUUUUUUUUAUUUAUAUAAUUUUUUCGAUUCUUUCUGUAUGUUUAAAAAAAAUUUUAUGAAUAUAAAUAAUAUAAGAAGUAAAGAAGAAUUAUAUGAAAAAAAUUCAUUAAAAGAGAAGGAUAGUGAAAGUAUAAAAACUGAUAACCAAAAUCAAGAAGAAGAAAAAAAAAAAAGUAUUAAAGAUAAAGAAAAUUCUAUAAAUUAUUAUUCAAUAUAUUUAAAUAAUAAUUAUUUAUAUAAUAAAAAUAUUUCUUAUAAAAUAUUGAAUUAUAUUAAUAAAAUGAUAUUGUUAAUCUUCGGUAUGAAGAUGAAAUUCAAUUACUUUGAAAUAUUAGGAAUGAAUAUUAUAAAAAAAAAAAUAAGUGUAGACGAUUUAAUAUACAUGAAUAAAGAAGUAAACAAAAUUUUAAAUGAAUAUAUAUAUAUUUUUAAUAAAGAUAUAUUAUUUUUUAAUUACAAAUUUUUAUAUACACUUAGUUAUAAUAUUCGUUAUAUUUAUAAAAGUUACGUUGAAAAUAAUCAAUUAACAAAUGAUUUUAAUCAUGUGAAUAAUAUCGUAAGUAAUUUAUCAUAUAUCAUAUAUAUAAUAAUACACAGUUUAUAUAUAAGUUUAAUUAAGGGAUGUAUAUGUAAUCACAUUUUUAAUAUAUAUAUAAAUAAUUUCUUUUUCUUAAUUAGUCAAAAUCUUUUUUAUAUACUUUUUAUUUGUAUGCAUAAAAAAAAUGAUAUCCAUUCAAAUAAUAAAGAAGAUAAUAUCUAUACUUUAGAUAAUAACAAAGAAAUAACUCAAUUAAUAAAUAAUAUAAAUGUAUUUUAUUAUAAUAGCUAUAUGAAAAAAUUACAAAAUAUGGAAAAUAAGGAAAUUUUAGAAAUAAAUGAAAACGAUAUGUAUCAUUAUUUAUUAAUAACAGAGAAUAAUUGUAUAUAUUUUUUUAAAUUCAUAAUUUUAUAUAUGUUUGAAAUAUUAAAAAUUUCCUAUUUUAAAAUAAACAAAAUAAGUCAAAAUUGUGUAACGUUGAAUUUUCAAUUAGACAACUUUGUAGUUAUAUAUGAUUUUAUAUAUAAUUUGUUAAUUCACUAUUUUAAUGAAGAGACUAAGCAAGUUGAUGAACAUUUAGAAUUUUUGAUUGAAUUUGUUAAGGCAAGUAAUUUUCAUCAAUGUAUUAAUAAAAAAAAAAAGAAAAUUAACACAAGUAUUUCAGAAGACUUUGUAGUUAAUGAGUUAAAUAAUUUUUCUUCUACCUCAUGUACUACUGAUGAUUUAACAAAUAAUAAACUUGAAAGCAUUGAAAUUUUUUCUAAUAACACAUAUAAGUACACUUAUAAAUAUAGUUUAAAGCAAAUAGAAAUACUAAAAAUUGUAUGUCUUUAUAUUAAUUACACUCCUAUAUCUUUUAUUAUAAUGAAGAAAAUAAAAAAAGAUUUAAUUAAUCUUCUUAAAAUGUUCUUGUAUGACCUUAAUUUAAAUAUAUAUUAUAGUGAAAUUUUAUAUUUUUUUAAAACUUUUUUUUUUUUUUAUGAUUAUGAAAUAUAUAAAGAAUAUAAUGAUUUUAUUCUGUAUUAUUAUUCAUUAAUAAAUUUAUUCUUCAUGGAUGAUAAAAAUCGAUUGGAUAUUUCUACUUUUAUGAGUAUUAAUAAUAACAUAUUCCAUUUUCUUUUUUUCUUCCCAGUUAAUUAUUGUACUUUGAAUAAUUUUUUAGAAAAAUAUUAUUCUACAUAUAUAAAAGAAGGUAAAACAAAAUAUGAUAAUGAUACUUUUUCUAAUGAAAAUAAUACAAGUAAUACAUUAUUGGAAUCAUUUGAUUCAUUAAGUAAAUCGUUUACAGGAAAUAUUCAAUGUGAAAUUGUAGAAUCUGAAGAAGAUCACAUAAAUAAUUUAUUUUCCUUUUUAACAGAAAAAACGGGAGAUAUAAACAAAAAAAAGAAUACUAUGGAAUAUGAAAAACAAGAUAAAAAUGAUGAUUAUGAAAACAAGAAUAAUUUUUACUCAAAGUUUGUUCAAAAUAUAAUGAAUAUAUUAAUUGAAAAUAAUUUAAAAAUGAUGUUUAAUAGCUUUAUUUUGUUAUCUUCUGAAUAUCAUAAUGUAACUAAUUUUACUAAUCUAGAUGAAAGAAGUAUAUCAAUGUAUCAAUUUAUUGUUGAUAAAUUAAAAGAUUAUAAUAAAAUUUACAUAUUAACUUUUGAUUAUCUUCCUGAAAAUCAAAAAUGUUUUCAGAAAAUCACAAAAUUUGUGAAAUUAUUUAAAAAUUUUCUUCUUCUUCUACAUAAUAUUAUUUCGUUAAUAUAUAAUUAUAAUACAGCAAUUGUUUUUUUUUUUUUUAAUUUUAUUCUUAAUAUUAACGAUGAAAAAGCUAAUUUUUUUAAGAAAGAGAAAGAAUUAAGUAACAAUGAAAUAGAUGCUUUAAGUGAUUUCAAUACUUAUAAUUAUGAAUUGAACAAUACUGAAAAAAUAAAUAAUAGUAAUUAUGAUGAAUACUUCGAGAAAAAUAUGCAUACAAAUAUUAAUCUAAAUGAAGAUGAUGAGAAUAUUAAUUAUAGUGAUACUUACUGCUAUAUCCCACGUAAUGUAAACACAAACAAAAACAUAAAUAAAGAUAAUAAGAAAGUUAAUAAUAAUAAUAUUAGUAAAAAUGUUUUUAAUAAUAAUCAAACUGAAUAUUGCAACACUUACGAGGAUACAUAUUUAUGUAACAAAGUUACUAAUGAACAGAGUUUUAAAAAGAACGAAGACAAUAAAAUUAAUCAAAAUAUUUUCAAUAAUGAAAUAUUUACAACUAAUUAUUACGAAGAUAUCAAUAAAAAAAAUUUUUUUUUUAAGAAAAAUAAAAAAGAACAAUAUCUCACAGAAUUUAUUAAUGAAAUUGAUAACAAUUCAAAUGAUGUUUUAAAUAAUACAAAUAACCAUGAUAAUUUAAAAAAAAAAAAUUAUUCAGAAGACAUAUUUUUAUCUUCUUUUCAAACAUAUGAAUUUAUUGAUAUUAUAUAUGAAAUAUGUAUAUAUAGCAAAAAAGAAAUAAAAAAUUAUUAUAUAUUUUUUAUAUUAGAAAAUAUAAAAAAAAAGAUAUUACGUUUGUUUGAUAUAUUAAAAAAGAAGGAUAUUAAUGAAAAAAAAUUCCUUUUAUCAAAUAUUAAAAUUUGUACAAAAAUUUUAGUUCUUUUAAAUUUUAUUGAAAAAAAAUACAUCUUAAUAUAUGAACAGGAUGCUUACAAGUCUUUUGAUUUUCUGUAUGAAAAUUAUUUCUCUAGAUAUUUUAUUUUAAAUAAAAGAGAGAAAUCAACGAAACAAUUAAUAGAUAAUCAAAUAUAUUUCUAUCAAAAUGUUUUUUUAAAUACGCAUAAUAUAUACUUUUACAUAUUUCAAAAAAAAAAGAAAAGAAGAAGCUUUUCAUUUAAAAUAUUUUGGAAAUGGUAUCACCAAUUCAAAAUAAAAUUUAGCAAAGUAAAGAUAGAUGAAUCAGAUGAAAAAAAUUUGGAUUCUAAUAUUCACAUAAAGAGUACUAACAAUAGAAAUGACAAUUUUCAAAAAGAUGAAAAUUUCAUUGAUAACAAUUUAUGUGAAGAAUCUUGUAAAGAUAAAAUAAAUAAAAUAGACAAAAAUAAUUUAGACAUUAAAUAUCGUAAUAUAUUUAAGUAUACUAACGAUUGGAAUUCUAAUGCAAAUAUUUUAAAUAUUUAUAUAAGUGAUUUUUUAACUAAACAAUGUAUAACUGAUGAAACAACAAUCAUUGAAACAUUGUCUAAUAUUGAUAUUAAUAGAGAAUGCUGCUUAGAAUUUUUUAAUCAUAUAAUAGUAUUUAUAAUAAAAAACAGCUCCUGCUUUAAUAAUAAAAGUGAAAAAAAAGAACAAAAUAAUGAAGUAUUUCUCUGCAUUUAUGAAAAAGUAUUUAAUUUAUAUUUAAAAUUACUAAAAGAAAUUUUAAUUAAAGAGGAAACAAAAUCAUACAUUAUUGAAGUAUUUAUAUAUGUAUUAAAAAUAAUAAUUUUACUUCUAAUUACUAAUUAUAGAAGUAGCAAUAUAUGUAAAAGAAUCUAUAAGGAAAAAUACUUUUUUUUGUCUCAUUUAUAUUGCUUCUUUUUCUUUAAUAAUGAAACUAUAAAGGUACUAUGUAUCAGUUUAUGUUUUUAUUUAAUUUUUGAUCAGAAGAUUUUGCUAUUGAAUAAGCAUCGGAUAUUUUUAGAACCUUAUCUUAUCUUGGAAAAAGAAAGAAAGAAAGAAGAUUUUUAUUCAUCAUUUAUUCAAGAAAAUAAUACAGUAUUCAGUAGUAGUUCAAGUAAAUUAAACAAUUUUUUAAUUGAUGAUAUAGAAAAAGAACAUAAUAAUGGAUAUAUAGAUAACAUAGAAAUUCCUAAUACUUGUGAUGGGGUUUUAAAAAAUUCAAUUUUGUUGAAAAAAUAUAAAAUGAAUUUUUUUAAUUUAAAUAGAAAAAAUAAAUAUAUAGAAAACAAUCUAUGUAAUUUUGAGAAUAAAUAUGAAAAUACUUUUUAUAUAGAAAAUAAAAUAAUUUAUUUCAUUCCUUUUUGGCUUUACAAAAAGUUACAACCAAAUAAUUUUUUGUUAAUAAUUAAAAAAUUAAAAUCUUUUUUUUUUUUUUCUACUAAGUUUUCAUAUUUACACAUAUUUCAUGAUUCAAAUAUAAAUAGUAAAGAAAAAGAAUUAUGUUUUUUUGGUGAUUAUAAUAGCAAUAAUAUAUUUUUGUCUUUUUUUUUAUUUAUUAAUAAAUAUUAUUAUUUAAUUAGAAAUAUGAAUAAUAUUCAAAUAAAAAAUAACUACCAUCAAACUAUUUUAUCCACUUUAAAGAGGAGAAACAUACUUCAUAAAAACACAGAGAUUCCUAUUUUUACAACUACUAAUAUUAAUUCUUUUCUUUUUUUAAAUGUGAAAGUAGAUAAAUUAUAUGCAUCUGGAUAUAAAGCUUACAUAAAUAAUUUAUUAUCAAAAUUAAAAUUACUACCAGCUAUCAAUGAUAGAGUAGAUAAAAUAAAUUUUGAUUAUAUAUAUGAUUUAAAUAAAUUAUUUUUCAUCUUAUAUAAUUAUUACAUGGGGCUUUUAUAUGUAGAAAAUAACUUUGAAAAAAAUAAGAAGAUUUAUUCAAACAAUUCAAGACAUAUGUGUUACGAUAAAAAAGAAGAAAACAAAAAGGUCAUUGAUUUUAAUAAAGAUCAAAUAAAAUAUAUUUAUUAUUUAUUUGAAAGUGAUUGUAAUGAAAUCAUAAAUAUAAUAAAUUUUGUUUAUAAUUAUAUGUUUUCUUAUAUAAACAAGCUAUUAUUUUUUAUUUAUAACCAAUUGAAAUUAAUUAACAAGGAGAACCAUUUAGAUAAAAAUAUUAUGAUACAUAAAUAUAUAUUAUUAUUAGAACAUUUUUUAAAUGUACUAGAUAUAUGUUUAUAUAUUGAUUUAAUAUUACAGAAAAAAGAAAAUAAAAAAUCAAAAAUUAAUGAACUAAAUAAAGAUAUAGAUUUAUUUAUUUUUAUUUAUAAAUUAUUAUACAUUUCAGUUUCUACAUCUACAUUAAAAAAUAAAAUCUCUAUUUUUUCUUUGAAUUUGUUAUAUAAUUUUAUAAAACUAGAAAACUAUAGUCUUAAAAUUAAGUAUAGCUGUUAUAAUAGUAGUGAAGAUAUAAGUUCUGAUACAUACGAAAAUAAAGAGAAAAAAAAUUAUAUUUUAUUGAAAGAAGAAGCACAUAAAGAAAAAAAAAUCUCUGAAGAAAAUAAAAAUUUAUCUACUUUAGUUAAUUUUUUAUUCUUUAUUAUUUCAAAAUUUACUAAGAAAAUAAUAAAAAAGAAUUACAAAAGUAUGAAGAGUACCAAUUUUUACUGUAAUAUAAUAAACAUAUAUGAAAUUGAGGAGAGCAUAGAUGUUGAAAAUGUUAAUUUUCAACAUCAUGAGAAAGAUUAUCUUAAAAUAGACAUAUUUUUUUUAAAAAAUAUUAUGUCUAUGUUGCAUGUAAUUAUGAAAAAAAAGUGUUUUAUUGAUAUUUAUUUAAAAAAUGACGAUUUGACUUAUAUAAAUAUAAAUAUACUAAAAAAGUAUGAUUAUAAGCACUUUAUUGAUAAAAAAAUAGAAAAUGAAUUAAACAACCAAGAAAAAAAUAAUAAUAUUCCUAUAAUUCAAGAAUUAGAAAAUAGUAAAAGUAACGAUAUUUUAGAUAAAGAUAUGAAAGAUUUAAACAAGUUUAAACAUAUAUUUUUAAAUAAAUAUAUGAAAAUAUUGAUAAGUUUCUGUAAUAUUUAUAAUGAUGUUGUUAUUGAAUGCUUAUAUAUUCAGUUGUUAUUAUUUUUUUUUAAAUACCUACUACAAUUAUUAAAAGCAGAAAUUUCUAAAGAAUAUUUAAAAAAUAAUUACAAUUCAAAACAAAAAAUUUUAGUAUAUUUUUUAAAAUAUUACAAGGCAGAUAAACAUAUAUGCAAAUAUUUAAAAAAAAUAUAUUUCAUUAUUUUAAAAUAUACCAUAUUUAUGCAGAAUACAAAAUUUGUGAAAGAUACUUGUAAUUAUCAAAUGAAUGAACAAAAGUGGCAAAAUGAAAAGGAAGAUAAUAAGUGUAAAGAGAAAAAAAGUGAAAUGAAUAAAUAUAACUAUGUUUUAAAAGAAGAUGAGAUUAAUAAAAAUUAUAGUAAAUUAUUUUAUGAAUACACAUUAAAUAAAUACAGAAACUAUGAUGAAAUUACAAAUAACGAAGAAUAUGAAUAUUCUUAUAAAAAAGACAAUCUAUUAAAUUCAAAUUAUAUAUGUGUGAUUGAUUUUUUUUGCUGUAAUUGUGAAGAACAAAAAUUUUUGUUUUUAUCAAUAAUACUUUUUCUGAGCUUUUUUUUAGAUAAAUUUCCAUUUUUUUUCGAUUUAGAAAAUAAUAAAUAUAACCCUAAAAAAGAUGAAAAUUAUGAAAAUAAAAAAGCAGAUAAUAUUAUUAUUUUAUGUGAACGUAUUUUACAUCUUUUAAGUAAAAAAAAUAUAUAUAUAAAUUUUUCUAUUUUAGAAGAAGCAAAAUUAUUUGAAAAAUAUUUUAUAAAAAUAUUUAUAAAGUUAUUGUUUUAUGAUGAAAAAGAAACAAUGAAUAAUCUACAAAAAUAUGAAAUUUUUUUUUAUAAAAAAAAGAUAGAUAUAUAUAUGCAAAGUAAUGACUCGAAAAGUAAUUUAUAUAUAAAGGAAGAAAAUGAAAAGAAUAAUGAAAAAGGAAACAGUGAUUAUAGUAAUACUAAAGCAAGGAAAAUAGAAAUUGAUCAAAGUGAAAGCACAGAUAAAAAUAGCAUUAAAAGCAAAUAUGAUAUUAUAAAUGGCGAAAAAAAUCUUUUAAAAAAAAGAAAUGAUAAUAUAAAUUUUUAUUCUAGUGAUACUUCAAUGUUUUUUACGAAAAAUAUGAUACACGAAAAUUGUUUUUAUAUAAAUCAUUUCAUUAAUUAUUUCUUAGUAAAAAAAAAAGUAAAAACAUUUUUGGAUUAUAUAUAUGAUAAAGUUUAUUACUAUAUAUUAAUUGUAAGUAUGUGUUUUAAAGAUAAAAAUUUUUUAUCUCUACUCCUUUCGAAAAAUGAGUUAUUUUAUGAUGAAUUUAAUAAAAUGAUUCAGGAAUAUUUAAAAUUUGUAUUAAAUAAUAAAGAAGAAGUAAAUAAAAAGAAAAAAAAAAAUGAAAUGAUGAUUCAAAAUUUAUUAUAUAUAUUUGUGUCAUAUAUUUAUAUAUAUUUAAAUGAUCUUUAUAAUAUAUUUUUCACACAAAUAAAAAAUAUACUAAUACUUCCGUCUUUUUUUCAAAACAUAAUAUAUAUAAAUGAUACAAAUUUGAAUAUUUUUUAUGAAAAUAAUACCUUGAGAGUAGAAGAUUCAUCAAUUAGUAUUUUUUAUGAAAGUCUUACAAAUAUAAAAAAAAAGGAAUGGAAUAAAAAUUUAGAAAAUUAUACAGAUGAAAAUAUUAAAAAUAUAAUAAUUAAUAAUAUUUUUCAUAAUAAUAAUAUAUAUUUAUUUAUUUUAUAUAUUAUAAAUGACAAGAAAUAUUCUAUAAAAAAAGAAAAACAACAAAAAAAAAACAGUAAUAAUUGCAUUGUUUUCCACAAUGACGAAGAUGAAGUAAAACAAAAUUUCAGUAUAGAUAAUAUUCAUUUAGAAUUUAAGAAGAACAAUAAAAUAUUUGUAAAUAAAAUAACUACGAAUAUUAUUCUAUUUUUUCUUCUAUUUUUUUAUGAUUAUUACUCUUACAACUAUGAAAUAAAAGAAAAUAUUUUAAUGCAAAUAACUAGGCAUAUUGCAGAACAUUUUAUUAGUUUGUUUAAUUUAGACUUUUUAAAUAUAUAUACGAAACAUUGUGAAAUUAUAAAAGCUAUUAAUUUAAAAAAAAAGAAAAAUAUUAAACCUUUAAAAUAUGAAUUAAAUAAAAACUUAAAAAUUAUACCAGAAAAGAACUGGACCUUAAAACAAAGGUCUAUAAAAAAUAAUAAAAAUGAAUUAGCUGAAAAAAACAAGACAAAAAAAAAAAAUGUAGCUUCUAUAAAAUAUUGUAAUAGCUUACGAACAAACAAUACUUUAUCAAAGAGAAUGAAUGAAAAUAAAAAAAAAAAAAGUGAAGAAAUAGUAAAAGAAAAAAAAAGUUUAGAGAGAAUUAUUAAUGAAAAAGAAAAUAUAAAAAACAGACAAGCAAAAAAUUUAGAGAUGAAGAGAGAAGAAAUAAAAAAAGAAAUAAUGAAACUAAAAGCAAAAAGGGAUGAAAUAAAAGAAGGUACAAAAAAAGAGAAAUUACAAAAAUUAAAGAAAAAAAGAGAAGUAACAAAAGAUAUAAAUGAAGAAAAAAAAAAAGAUGUUUUUUCAAAAAUUGGUAUGUUUAUAAAUAAAAAUGAGUCUAAUGAACUAAAUAAUGAAUAUAAUAAUUUAACAAUAAAUGGCAUAUAUAUAAUCGAGAGAAUAAAAGAAAAAAUAAAGAGAAAUAAAAAGUUACUAUCUUUAUAUACAAUUAAUUGUUUUAAAAUAAUACAAAUAUAUAAUAAUAUUUCUUCUUUAAUUUUUAAAUAUAAAUAUAUUAUACAUCUUUUACAGAAUUUUUCUUAUUUUACAAAUAAAAACAUCAUAGAAUGUAUUUAUAAUUCAUUUAAUUUUUAUUUAAAUAAUUAUUUCAAAGGUGAAAUAAAAUAUGUAGAUGAAAAAAAUAUAAUUCACUUUGAUAAAGAAAUUGGAUACUUUUCUUAUAUUUAUAUGAAUUAUUUUUUUAACUUUUUAUGUUGUUUUAUAUUAUAUGACAUUUCAACGUUAUAUAAAUUUUGUUGUAACACAUUAAAUUGCAUAGAUAUCCUUAAUAAUUAUUUUAAAGAUUUAUUAGUGAAUGAAAAAGGAAUACAUAUUUGCAUAAUUAUUUUAAACUUUUAUUUAAUUAUUAUUAAUUCUUAUUUUUUUGAUUUUUCCUUCUAUGAAAAUACGCUAUAUCUAAUAGAGGAAGAAGAUGGACUAAAAAAGGAUAAAUUAAAUAUAAAAAACUAUACCAUUAAUUAUUUAAAAAAUAAAAAAAACGAAAAGAAAGAUGAAAUUACCUAUUUUAUAUGUAUUAAAAAACUGAGCAACGAAUUUAAUAAAAGCAAAUUUUUUCUUUACUUAAUUAAUUAUGUCAUUAAUAAUUUGGGUAAUAACAUAAAUAAAACUAAAAUAGAAAUAGAAAACAAAAAUAAUUUGAUUAUUUUAAUUUUACAAUUAUUAAGUUAUAACAUUAUUUUUAUUGAAAAUAAAAAUGAAAUCUUAAAAUUAGCAAAUAUAUUAAUUAAAUACCUUAAAAAAAAUGACGACAUUUUAAUAAGCUACUAUAUAACAAUUUUCUUUAAUUCUUGUUUUAUAAAUUCCUUUUUUGAUGAGAGGUUAUUAAAUUUAUUAUUUAAUUUUGAUAAAAAAGAUAAUAUUUGGUUCAAUUUAAUAUUUUUAUCUAGUAAUAAAAUGAAAAAAAAUAAAGAAGUUUUAGUGUUAAUCAAAUUUUCUAUUUUACAUAUGUAUUUAUUAUUACUAAAAAAUAAAAAAUUUUUCAAAAAAUGUAUUUUAUAUAUAUCUAGCGAUAUAAAUAUAUAUUUUGUAUUGAUUUAUGUUCUUAAUGAGAUAUUAGAAAAUUUAAAAAACUUGAAUAAUGAAGAAGAUAUGGGUAAUAAUUUAAAAAUCAAAGGAUUAGAUGAUAAAAAGAAUGAUACAAAUAAAAAGAAGUGUAAAAAAUAUUUUUAUGCAUAUGUUGAAUUAUUAAUAAUAAUUACUGAAAUUAUUAAAGUUCUUAAUAAUAAUGAUGUUAAUAAAUAUAUCACACUUAAUCAUAAUAAAGAUAAAGCUAACUUAACUUUACAAUUUAAGAACUUAUAUAAGCAAAUUAAAAAUGAAUUAAAACAUUUGGAAGAAUUAAUAAAAUUAAUAAAAUACACUAUUUUUAUUCAUCCAUUAAUGAUUAAUAUUCAUUUAUUACAUAAAUUUUAUUUAUGUAUAUAUAUAAAAGAAUUUUACUAUUUCCAUAAAACAUUUUUUAAAUACGAUUUAUUCUUAGUAGAUUACUUACAUUUAAUAAAAAAUAAAAGAAAGAAAAAAAUGUCUACUUUUAAUCUAGAUGAAGAAAGAAAAGACAAUAAUAUAUUUGAUGUUUCAUUAGAAAAAUAUCAGAAAGAAAAUAAUCUUAACAGUGAAAUCAAAAAAAAAAGUCAACUAUUUAAUAACGAUUCAGAAGAAAAAAGCUAUAAAAAAGGAAAUAUGGAAAAAAGUAAAAUUAUAAAUUGGGAGAGUUCGUGUCAAGAAAAAUAUUAUUUUUAUUUCUUUUUUAAUACACCUAAACACUAUAAUUUACAAGCAAAUAACUUAUUUUCUUCUACACUUCAAAAUGAAUUUCAUUAUUCUCUCACAAAAUUUUUUUCUUCAUUUUUUUUUGAUAAAAAUAAGCAUUAUACAAAUUAUUCGCAGUACAACAAUGAUCAAAUUAAAAUAUAUAUCGAUUAUAUAUAUGAUAAUAUUAAUUAUGCAAUAGAUUUUUUUAAUGCUUUUUGA